GGCUUGUUGUUUGGUUCAAGUGGUGAUUCCUGGCUUUCCAGCCAAGCCCACUUUCCCAAAGCAUCCAAAAUGGUUGUCCAGUCCUAUGACAAUUUCUUUCUCAGCUCGGGACCUAUUAUCCAAUGCAGCUAUAAAAUAGAUGGCCACAUUCGCACUCUUUGGAACUUUCGGUUAACCCUGGUGGUAGCUAUAAGCAAAAAAAAACGUUUCUCCUGCUCAUCGGCACAUUGCUGGCAAUUGCUUCCUUUCCUCUCUCUACUUUUAUCGAUUCAAACAAGAACACGAUGUACAAAUCAUUGUUAACUGCUCUCUUACUACUCCUGUUGAGCACUGUGGUGACCUCGGCCAGUUAUCAUUCCCAAGAAACCGAACGCAUCAUACGUAGCAAUUUACGUGAGUAUUACGAGAACGUACUGGACGAAGUCCUUAGUUCUCGUGGUAGCGAUGUGCUCCUCUCUAUGGGUCGUAUGCGGCCAGACCGACGUGGAGGUGUUUUCGAAACGCUUCAAAAAGAAGCUGGUGCUUUCGGAGUUCAUGACGUACAUGCUUCAUGCCUCGUCCAACUACCAGAAAUGAUUACCGUUCAUAUUACACAACUUCAUGGACAUCUUCUGGAAUCGGUUGAACCAAAUUUGGAAGAACUCCUGCCCACACUUAUGCCUUCUGCAGAUGCUUAUCGCAAGGCUGAAGACUUCGAACUCGAUGAAGAAAUUCCUUCCAUGUUACUUCCAGGACAAGAUGAGCUUGUAUCUACAGUAUAUUCUUUGAAUCAAGCUAUGGGUUAUCGCCUAAGCCAACAAAUCGAUCGUUUCGAUGUCUUCUUGAAGGUCUCCGCCGAUAUCAACGCUUGCAACAGCAAGUUACCUAACGUCUCCAAGUCAAACUCCUGGUUUUCAGAUAUAGUCUCUUGGCUCUUUCCAACUCAAACAGACGCAUCUGGCGUUAGUCAUGAAAAGCGUGCAAACGCCGAAUCAAGUACUACAAAGCGGUUCCUCAACACCCAUUUGGAUAUCGUGCGCCAGGAAAUGUGGACUGAAUUUGAUGCUAGAGUCAAUGAUUUGAUUACUUCAAUCAGUGAGGACAUUAUGGAUGACGAGUAAAACUGUACGGCAUUCCAAUCUAGACACAAACUUUCCCAGAGAUCCUGAGAAAAAGAAAUUUGCAAGUCUGCAAAAAAAAAAAAAAAGCAGUUCAUCUCGCUGGCCGGGUGAGCAAGAGAAGAAACAAAAUCCCACUUUUUAUAGCGCAUCGCAAGUAACCAACUACAAUACCACUCUUUCUGUCAUCUGUUGCAAAUUCGCAAUCCCAUUGAACCAUCCUCACACCUUCCCUGCCCUUUUCACCCAGUGAUACUGGUUUCCGCUUCAACUUGUAUUUACAUUCAUCGU